UCAGGGUUUAGUCGGGCUGUCCUGCCGUUUGGCUUAGUGCGGAGAGAGCUGUCUUGUGAAGGCUACCCCAUUGAUCUUCGGUGUCCAGGAAGUGAUGUCAUAAUGAUCGAAAGUGCCAACUACGGCCGAACGGACGACAAGAUUUGCGAUGCUGACCCCUUCCAGAUGGAGAACAUCAACUGCUAUCUUCCAGAUGCCUACAAGAUCAUGUCACAAAGAUGCAACAAUCGGACCCAGUGCAUUGUGAUCACAGGUUCAGAUGUCUUCCCUGACCCCUGCCCAGGGACCUACAAGUACCUGGAGGUCCAGUAUGAGUGUGUGCCCUACAAAGUGGAGCAAAAAGUUUUUAUUUGUCCUGGGACUCUGAAAGCUGUUGGUGAGCCCUCCUUUCUAUUUGAAGCGGAGCAACAAGCUGGGGCCUGGUGCAAAGACCCGCUUCAAGCCGGCGACAAAAUCUACUUCAUGCCUUGGACCCCGUAUAGGACUGACACUUUGAUUGAGUAUUCCUCCCUGGAUGAUGUCAAAAAUGCUCGGCAGACCAUUACAUACAAGCUGCCUCACCGGGUGGAUGGAACUGGAUUUGUGGUCUACGAUGGGGCUGUCUUUUUCAACAAGGAGCGGACACGUAACAUUGUGAAAUUUGACCUGCGGACUCGAAUCAAAAGUGGCGAGGCCAUCAUCAAUAACGCAAACUAUCAUGACACGUCACCCUACAAGUGGGGAGGUAAAACAGACAUCGACUUGGGGGUGGAUGAGACCGGGCUGUGGGUGAUCUAUGCCACAGAGCAAAACAAUGGCAUGAUGGUAAUCAGCCAGUUAAAUCCAUACACGCUACGAUUCGAGGCUACUUGGGAAACAACAUAUGAUAAACGCUCAGCGUCUAAUGCCUUCAUGGUUUGUGGAGUACUGUAUGUUGUCCGCUCCACCUAUGAAGACAAUGAAAGUGAGGUCAGCAAGAGCCUUAUAGAUUAUAUUUACAAUACUAAACUGAACCGUGGGGAAUACGUUGAUAUCCACUUUCCCAACCAGUACCAAUACAUUGCAGCUGUGGAUUAUAAUCCCCGAGAUAACCAGCUCUAUGUGUGGGAUAACUUUUAUGUCCUGAGAUACAACUUGGAGUUUGGCCCACCCGAUUCACCGCAUGAACCACCACUGUCGGAAGCCACCGCAUCCACACAACCUCAGAGAACUACAACCGUCGCUACAACAACCACAGUGCACUGGGGUGCAGCCAAUACGACAACCACAACAGUGCUUAAGGAAGGCAGCAGGAGAGCGCCCAAGCCACCUCCUGUAAUUCCACAGACAACUUCUCCUCCUCCCCUGGAGUCCUUCCCCUUACCGGAGCGUUUCUGCAAAGCCAUGGAGAAAAGAGACAUUAUGUGGCCUCAGACCCAGAGGGGCAUGCUUGUUGAGCGACCUUGUCCCAAGGGAACACGAGGCACAGCUUCUUAUUUAUGUGCUCCUUCUACUGGGGAAUGGCACCCAAAGGGGCCUGAUCUUAGCAACUGUACUUCCCACUGGGUUAACCAAGUAGCCCAGAAGAUCCGGAGCGGUGAAAACGCAGCUAACUUAGCCAACGAGUUAGCAAAGCACACCAAAGGCCCAAUCUUUGCUGGGGACAUCACCUCCACAGUGCGCCUCAUGGAGCAGCUGGUGGAUAUUCUGGACGCUCAGCUGCAGGAGCUUCGACCCAGCGAGAAGGAUUCCGCAGGACGGAGCUUCAAUAAGCUUCAAAAGCGAGAAAGGACAUGCAGGGCUUACACAAAGGCCAUUGUGGAUACGGUUGACAACCUUCUGCGACCAGAGGCCCUGAAAUCAUGGCAGGACAUGAAUCGCACUGAGCAAACUCAUGCAGCCACCAUGUUACUGGAUACACUAGAGGAAGGAGCCUUUGUCCUUGCUGACAACCUUGUGGAACCUGCCAUUGUCAAAGUUCCUGCUGACAAUAUAAUCCUAGAUGUGUAUGUGCUCGGCACCGAUGGCCAAGUCCAGGACUUCAAGUUUCCACAGUACAGCAAGAGCGGACUCUCAAUUCAGCUGUCGGCCAACACAGUUAAACUAAACAGCCGAAACGGAAUUGCCAAGCUCGUCUUUGUGCUGUACAAAAACCUGAGCCAGUUCCUCAGCACGGACAACGCCACCAUCAAGAUGGCCAACGAGGCUUACGGUCGCAACGUGUCAGUGGCCGUCAAUUCUGACAUCAUCGCUGCCUCGCUUAACAAGGAGUCCAGCCGUGUAUUCAUUAAUGACCCAGUGAUUUUCACCCUGCAGCACAUUGACAUGGAGCACUACUUCAACUCCAAUUGCUCCUUCUGGAAUUACUCUGAGAGGAGUAUGAUGGGCUACUGGUCCACCCAGGGCUGCAAACUCCUGGACUCCAAUAAAACCCACACCACCUGUUCGUGCAGUCAUCUGACAAAUUUCGCCAUCCUCAUGGCACAUCGUGAAAUCUCAGGCAACAUUAGAGAUUCCCACGAGCUGCUUCUCACUGUCAUCACUCGGGUCGGCAUCGUGGUCUCCCUCGUCUGCCUCGCAAUUUGCAUCUUCACGUUCUGCUUUUUUCGAGGCCUACAGAGUGAUCGCAACACCAUCCACAAGAACUUGUGCAUCAAUCUCUUCAUUGCUGAAUUAAUAUUCCUCAUUGGUAUUGAAAUGACAGAACCCAGGAUUGGAUGCGCCAUCAUUGCAGGAAUCCUCCACUUCUUCUUCCUGGCUUCCUUCUCCUGGAUGUGUCUUGAGGGAGUCCAGCUGUACCUUAUGCUUGUGGAGGUCUUUGAGAGUGAAUAUUCACGAAAAAAGUACUAUUAUGCAUCUGGGUACCUCUUCCCUGCCAUUGUGGUUGGCGUCUCUGCAGCUAUCGACUACGGUAGCUACGGGACAAAGAAAGCGUGCUGGCUAAGCGUGGACAAUCAUUUCAUAUGGAGUUUUAUAGGACCUGUCACCUUUAUCAUCAUGCUCAAUCUCAUCUUCCUGGUGAUCACGAUGUACAAAAUGGUGAAGCACUCCACCACCCUGAAACCAGACUCUAGUCGACUGGAGAAUAUAAAGUCUUGGGUCAUGGGAGCUUUCGCCCUGCUGUGCCUGCUGGGCCUCACAUGGUCCUUCGGUCUCUUUUUUAUCAGUGAGGCCUCAAUUGUCAUGGCAUACCUGUUCACUAUAUUCAACACCUUCCAGGGAAUGUUUAUCUUCAUCUUUCACUGCCUUCUCCAGAAAAAAGUCCGCAAAGAGUACAGCAAGUGCUUCCGCCACACGUAUUGCUGCAGAGGGCUGCCGACCGAGAGCUCGCAUGGCUCCACAAAGACUUCGACCACACGGACCAGUGCACGCUACUCUUCUGGUACACAGAGUCGUAUCAGGAGAAUGUGGAAUGACACCGUAAGAAAGCAAUCUGAGUCCUCCUUUAUCUCAGGUGACAUCAACAGCACCUCCACUCUUAACCAAGGAAUGACUGGGAAUUAUCUACUAACAAAUCCUCUUCUGCGACCACAAGGCACUAACAACCCUUAUAACACCUUACUGGCUGAGACAGUCGUGUGUAACACCCCCACAACUCCAGUGUUUAACUCACCAGUGACCUACAGAGAGACAAGGCACUCACUGAACAGUGCAGUGAGGGAUACAAGUGCAAUGGACACUCUACCGCUAAAUGGUAACUUUAACAAUAGCUAUUCACUCCGUAAUGGGGACUUUGGCAACAGUGUGCAGGUAGUGGACUGCGGGCUCAGCCUGGACGAUGCUGCCUUUGAGAAAAUGAUCAUCUCCGAGCUUGUGCACAAUAACCUGCGUGCCUGUAAUAAAAGCCACCAACAGCAACUGCAGAGGCAUUCCACUUUACGUCAUCCACCCCCCCACCAGCAGCCGCCGCAAUACCACCAUCACCACCACACGGAGCGGGCUCCACCCAAGGUGACAGUGGUUGGCGGCAGCAGCAGUGAAGACGACGCCAUUGUAGCCGACGCGUCGUCUUUGGUCCACAUGAGCGACACGGUGGGCCUUGAGCUGCAUCAUCAGCGGGAGCUGGAGGCGCCGCUCAUCCCCCAGCGAACUCACUCGCUUCUGUAUGCGCCCCAGAAGAAGGUGAGGACCGACGGAGGAGUGGAUACACAUGUCAGCGAGCUGACACCCACCAACCCUGACAACAGUCCGCAAUCCCCAAACAGAGACUCUUUGUACACUAGUAUGCCUAAUCUGAAAGACUCUCCCUGCCCGGAGAACAGUCCCGAUGUUGUGGAGGAUCUCUCCCCCACCAAGAGGAGUGAAAAUGAGGACGUUUACUACAAAAGCAUGCCUAACUUAGGGUCCGGCCACCAGCUCCAAGCCUACUACCAGAUAGGCCGAGGGAGCAGUGAUGGUUUCAUUAUUCCCAUUAAUAAAGAGGACUGCAUCCCUGAAGGUGACGUACGAGAAGGACAGAUGCAGUUAGUGACAAGCCUUUAAAUGUAUUUAAAUCAUCCUCAAACCUCCCUGCCCUUUACACAAUUCUGACUUCUUACAGGACACAGUAGUGAAGGCAGGAAAAGUGUUUUAUUAUUUUUUUAAGAAUCUAGAAGUUCAAUCACUCAAAUGUACCACUUUCAAGCCUCCCUUCACAUUGCCAUUUUUUCCCCCACUCUUCCUUCCUUCCCUGCAGACCCAGAGACUUGCAGCACAGCAAUGGCAGUGCAAAGUUUUAAAGAGACUGUACAUAAGAUGUAGAGUCAAAUGUCAAUUUUAAGAGACAAGCCAAUUAUGUAUUUAAAUGUGCUGCUGCUGUUGAAUCAUCACGAAAUCUGAAGGUGUAAGAACUGAAGUAAAAGGAAAACAUAAAAAAAAAAAUCAUUACUGCAACAUCCAAACAGCAAUUUCCUUGAUAAAGAUUGUACAUACACUUCACAACAUCCAAGUGGAACCUUUUUUUUUGUUGUUUUCACACCCCUGGACCAGGUUGUGGACGUGUUUGUCAAUUGAUCCUGAUCAGAAUGUUAGAAAAGAAUAAGAAGGUCCUGCCCGCUCUCCAUCAUCACGAAGUUUGGAUUGUAAAACCACUAGCAAUCAAGCCCCUGGCCUUAUAUUUUCUUAAAUGUACCUUGAACAGUUGUCAAGGAAUAAACUGCUAAAAUAUAUAUUUUGUUGUAUUGCUAGUGUAAAAUAAAAAAAAUCAUGGGAAAGCGUAAUUAUAAAGAAGCUUUUAAAUGCAAAUUUAUCAUUUGAAAGACUAUCGUUUAUUGAAGAUGAACAUACGUAAAAGCGUGUUUAUGGUUCCAACACUUCAUUCACAUUUGUAUGUUUGGGUGUAAAGGUUUAUUAAGAGAGGAGUCAACCAAUUGCAAAGAUGCAUCAUCACUUUUUUUUUCGCUUGUUGAACAGUGUUUUUGCCUAACAAGUUCUGUUGAUAUUGUUCAUUGAAAUAUCUUUAUCUGACUUUGCCAAAGUGGCAUCACUGUAGUAGAAUGGGAUUGCAACAACCCAGUUAAGGUAAUUAUGCAUUGCACAUUUCUUUUUUCUUUUUCAUUUAUCGUCUUUUUUUUUUUUGCAAUUAUGAUUGAAAUAUAUCUUUUUUAACAGAAGGGUAAUGGACAAGCGUUAGCUAAAUGGAAACAGACUAAAGUUUUUAUCAGAAAUGUAGUUCUUCC